AUGACGAUUACUUUGGAUGAUGUUGCCAAUCUUCUCGGAUUGCCUAUUAGGGGUGAGUUCUACAGUCCACCCGAUGUAGAUAGAGUAACGGCAUGUAAUCUUGCCGUCCAUCUAUUAGGAGUGACCACGGAAGAGAUCUGGGAGGAGACCAAAAAGACUAGAGGUGCACAUUAUAGAUUGGAUUGGUUGAAGGAGGUGUUCAGAAGGCAGUGUGCAGCAGAGAGGUUUGACUGUGCUGCUAGGGCAUAUCUGUUGAAUUUAGUCGGGAGUACUAUUUUCGCUGAUAAGAGUCAUACUCUAGUUGAUGCGAAGUACCUUCCUUUAUUCAGAUAUUUAGAUGGUAUAGAUAAUUAUGCAUGGGGUACUGCUGCACUAGUGGUGCUUUAUGACUACCUCUCAGAUUGCUGGAUUUACGAAUAUUUUCCGAAUAUUGUAAUAGAAGGUGAUCAGGGUGCUGACGUGGAAUGUUUUGCCCGAAUGAAUAGAUGGUGCUAUAAGCAAGGCAAGCAUAAGGUCCACGAAUACAGAAGUAUUAUUGAUGCAUUGACACCUGCAGAUGUUAUAUGGAGACCAUGGGAGAAUCACAGGGGUGUCAUUCCUUUUGAUGAUAUCACACUUUAUACUGGUCACAUUCGAUUAUGCAGCACUGUAGUGAAAUAUCUACCAGAGAGGUGUUUGAGACAAUUCGGAUAUAUCCAGUAUAUUCCUUCACCGCCACUUCCAGAUCCUGCUAGAUUAUUUGAUGUAGAUGUGGAAUGGUUGGGAUAUGUGACGCCAGUGACAGAGCUAUUUCCCAAGCUUCGUCCAGCUACAUAUCCAUCUGAGUGUGAAGAUGGAUAUUUGGAGUGGUUCUAUCAGGUGUCUCAUCCACUGCUGGUGCGACCAGAUGGUGUACCUCAGGUCCCACGUUAUAGUGUACCGCCCACCAGUGCAGAUGCUUCUAGUUCACAGCCGCCACCUAUCCUACAGCAGAUCGGUGAUCUUAUACAGCAGGGGUUGAGUGAACAUCAAGCUAGUCCAGAUGAUGAGUUGUAUAGGCACUUUUAUAAAGCUUUGUAUUUAUCACGUAGUCGCACUAGUUAG